UAGUUGAUGGAAGCAGUGUGAAGAAGCUACGCAAAGGGGAGGCGAUUUCAUAACAACAGCAGUAAUGGCAGAAGCAGAGACGCGUCAGAGGCUGCUGCGCACCGUCAAGAAGGAGGUGAAGCAGAUCAUGGAGGAGGCUGUCACCAGGAAGUUUGUACAUGAAGACAGCAGCCAUAUUGUCUCAUUUUGUGCGGCGGUGGAGGCUUGCGUUCUACACGGGCUUAAGCGGCGAGCAGCUGGUUUCCUCCGUAGCAACAAGAUAGCAGCACUCUUCAUGAAGGUUGGGAAAAGCUUCUCCCCAGCAGAGGAGCUGUGCAGGAAGGCUCAGGAACUAGAACAGAUCGUCGAGAGCAAGCGUAACCAAAGCUUGGCCAACCAGGACAGCCUACGGAGACUCCCUAAACUGCCUAGCCUCAGCCAGCAGGUGGUCAGAAACCUCUGGAUCCGCACGGCGCUCAUCGAGAAGGUCCUGGACAAGAUUGUGCUCCACCUCGUAGAGAACAGCAGUAAAUACUACGAGAAAGAGGCUGUUCUGAUGGAUCCAGUGGACGGACCCAUCCUGGCCUCGUUGUUAGUGGGGCCUUGUGCCCUGGAGUACACCAAAAUGAAGACAGCGGACCACUUCUGGACGGACCCCUCGGCCGACGAGUUGGUCCAGAGACACCGGAUCCACAGUGGUCACAGCAGACAGGACUCGCCCACCAAGAGGCCGGCACUUUGUAUCCAGAAGAGGCAUUCCAGUAGUAGCAUGGAUGAGCGUCCCUCCCCUUCACCCUCCGCUAGGGACUAUGUGGAGUCACUACACCAGAACAACAGGGCCACCCUGCUGUUUGGAAAGAACAACGUGUUGGUGCAGCCGAGGGAUGACAUGGAAGCAAUCCCAGGAUACCUCUCUCUCCACCAGACCGCUGACAUCAUGACUCUGAAGUGGACGCCCAAUCAGCUGAUGAACGGCUCAGUGGGAGACUUGGACUAUGAGCACAGUGUGUACUGGGACUACGCUAUGACAAUCCGGCUGGAAGAAAUUGUUUAUUUACACUGUCAUCAGCAGGUGGACAGCGGGGGCACGGUGGUGCUGGUGAGCCAGGACGGCAUUCAGAGACCCCCCCUGCGCUUUCCCAGAGGAGGGCACCUGCUCCAGUUCCUUUCCUGCCUGGAGAACGGCCUGCUGCCCCAUGGCCAGCUUGACCCUCCGCUCUGGUCGCAGAGGGGAAAGGGGAAGGUGUUCCCUAAAUUGAGAAACAGGUGUACACAAGGAUCCUCGGACUCUGUGUCCGAUAAGGAAGAGGACGAGGCCACAGAUUACGUCUUCCGUAUCCUGUUCCCCAACAGCCAAUCAGAGUUUGUGCCUCCGGAGCUGAUGGAUCAGGGGGCCACCAUGUGGCAGCCCACCCCCAGGAAGUCCUCCUGCUCCUCCUGUAGCCAGGGCAGCUUCUCAGACGGAGGGCCUCCUAAUGGGUGCAACCACGAACGAGCCCCUUUAAAGCUGCUGUGUGACCAGAUGAAGUAUCAGAUCAUCUCCAGGGCCUUCUAUGGCUGGCUGGCUUACUGUCGUCAUCUGUCCACCGUGCGCACGCAUCUCUCUGCCUUGGUCAACCACGCCAUCGUGGCGCCUGAUGUGCCUUGCGAUGCCUUCGGUGGCCUCACUGCCGAGGUGUGGAGGAGGUUCCUUCAGGACGGCACAGCCUAUAAGGAGCAGGAACUUCUGCGCCUUGUCUAUUACGGAGGUGUUGACCCCUCACUGCGAAAGGAGGUGUGGCCCUUCCUCCUGGGCCACUAUCAGUUUGGCAUGUCAGAGGCUGACAGGAAAGAGGUGGAUGAGCAGGUGCGGGCGUGUUACGAGCAAACCAUGAGUGAGUGGCUGGGCUGCGAGGCCAUCGUGAGGCAGCGCGAGAAGGAGCAGCACGCGGUGGCUCUCGCUAAGUGCCUGUCCCUGUCAGCCAGUGUGGACAACCCAGGCACCGUGCACAGAACGACACCCCAUGACUCCAGCAUCAGCAACGAGUCCUCCCAGAGCUGUGGCUCAGACAGGCAGAGUCUGGCACGCCUACAGAGUGACUCCAGCAGCAGCACCCAGGUAUUUGAGUCUGUUGAAGAGGUGGAUCAGAUUGAGACAGAGCCUAGGAGUGAGGAGGCCAAGCAAGUCACCAAGGUCAAUGGAGAAGCCCAGCCCAAUGGCACCAGCUCGCCAGAUUCAGGGCACCCCUCCUCUCGCAAUUUCUCAGUCACUUCUGGCCUGUCAGACCGCUCUCUAAGCACAGAGGAUAGCACAGCGCCCGACACCACCCCGAAAACCACCACAAGCGCUACUGCACAGAUGGCCCCAGACCGACAGAGCCCUGUCAAAUUCCAACAGGAAGACUUCGAGGCAGAUAACCCAGAUGUCCAACCCACAGGCCCACCAGAGGAGUCGGACCUCCAGGCCAAGGACCCGCCAGAGAAGGCAGAAAAACAGAAGGACGGGAAUGUGGCCCAAGAGACUUCUGCAACCAUGACGGAUGUCGAAAUGGUCAGAAAGAUAGUGACGGUACAGGCCGUGAAGACGGGAGAAGAAAGACAGACAAAGACAGAAACAACGAUGCUAGAGAGCCUAAAGAGAGAGGCAGAGAAGAGGUCUGAGACUGCAUCUAAUUUGAUAAAUGGGGUAAAGACCAUUAAGAAGGAUAGACAGUUACGAAAAGCAGAAGUGGAGGUUGUAGAAGAAACCGUGGAGGCUAAAGAGUCUGAGGCUGUAGUAGCAGAAAUGGAGAAGGAGACAACAAAAUUGGAUGCUCUACGAAAUUCAAAAGAGGCUGAAGAGACAAAGACUGCUGAAAUGUCUUUAGUAAAGAAAUUGGAAGAAACCGCAAUGGAAAAGACAGAAAUAGUAGUAAAAACCAAUAAGACUGUAAAAGACGUAACAGAUGUGGUAACAGUGGAUAAGAUGGAAUCACUAGAACAGGUUACUGGGACAAGAGUGGAGGAGGUCACAAAAUCUGAGGAAGUGGAAAGAAGAGAGGAGGUGACCAAUUUGCCAGAGAAGAAUACCAGCCCUGAAGCAGAGACCAGGGUGGCAAGAACAUUGGAAGCAUCUGGGAGCGUCACCAAGUGCCAGGAGGUUCUAGCCACCACAGAAUCUGACGAAUCUCCUUCCGCCAUUGAGAUGGAGGAGAUCUCCUCUGCCAAAGUGUCCAUGGCCCCUCCGUGGGACAGGAAGGCUCUAUGUGAGCCCUCUGGGGUCAGAGCUGCUCUCUCUGAUGGCUCAGUUCCCCAUCUGGAGCUCCGUCUGGAGGGGGAUGAGCAGAGCAAGCCCAGCCCAGAAGGCACAGAGUUGGUCUUGUCGGAGGAGCCCGAAAUGGAAAGCCUCUACCCCCAAUUUGACUCCUUGACCGUGGGCAGAGAGCUGAAAAACGAUGCCCUGUCUCCAGUGUCAUCCAUCGGAACCACCUAUUCUCAAGAACUGUUGGACAUGUAUACUCUCAACCUGCACCGCAUUGAGAAGGACGUCCAGCGAUGUGACAGGAACUACUGGUACUUUACCCCCGCCAACCUGGAGAAACUGCGCAACAUCAUGUGCAGCUAUAUCUGGCAGCACCUGGAGAUUGGCUAUGUACAGGGCAUGUGUGACCUGCUGGCUCCUCUGUUGGUCAUUCUGGAUGAUGAGGCCAUGGCUUUUAGUUGUUUCACAGAGCUCAUGAAGCGGAUGAAUCAGAACUUCCCCCAUGGCGGGGCCAUGGACACUCACUUUGCCAACAUGCGCUCUCUCAUUCAGAUCCUGGAUUCAGAGAUCUUUGAGCUGAUGCACCAAAAUGGCGACUACACCCACUUCUACUUCUGCUAUCGAUGGUUCCUUCUAGACUUCAAGCGUGAGCUGGUGUAUGACGAUGUGUUUGCGGUCUGGGAGACUAUCUGGGCAGCCAAGUACGCCUCCUCUGGCCACUUUGUCCUCUUCAUAGCACUGGCACUGGUGGAAGUCUACCGAGACAUCAUUCUGGAGAACAACAUGGAUUUCACAGACAUCAUUAAGUUCUUCAACGAAAUGGCUGAGCGUCAUAACAUCAAGCAGAUUCUGACCCUGGCCCGGGAUCUGGUGUGCAAAGUGCAGACUCUCAUUGAGAAUAAGUGAUAUCUAAAAGCCAUCCACUUCC